CACGCGUGUUGUGUUUUUGAGUCUGUCUUUGAAAUGUUUAUUGUUAUUUAAUAAAUAAUUUUUUAAAUAUAAAUUAGGAUAAAAUGGAGAACAUUAAUAUCCUAAACGAAGUUUAUACAACAAUUGAUGAGAAUACGCAGAAUUUCGAAAAUUUCUUGAGUGUUCAAGAUCAUUUAGCAAAUCAAUUUCGACAAACAACAAAAUGUUUGUACGAUUUUACAAAAUUAAAUUCUAACCAUAAAAAUAAUGCUCUUCCUGAGCUUGUUAUUCAAGACUUUGAUGAAGAACAGAUUUGGCAACAAAUAGAAAUACAAAAUGAAUCAGAAUUAACACAUUUUCUCACUGAGGUCUCUCGAGUGUUAUCAAAAAAAAGCGAUUUAACAUUACCUGUAAGUUUAACAAAAUCGGAGGAUACUGUUUUGGAUGAUGAAGCAAAUACUGAAGAAAAAGAGCAUGAAUCUGAAAAAGAAGAAAACGCUCAAGAUGAUGAAUCUAACAGUGAUGAUGACAUGGAUUUUGAUUUUGGUCUGGAUGAGAUACAACAGAAAGACAAAACUAAACCAAAGUCAUCUAAACGUCAUAAAAAAUCGUCAAUUGUUGAUGAUAAAUUUUUUAAACUAACAGAUUUAGAUGAGUAUCUCAAUCGUGAAGACCAGAAACAAUCCAAAACAGCAGAUGAUGAGUCUGAUGAAGAGUCUGUUGAUUUAUUCCGAGAUGAUUCGGAAGACGAUGAUAAUGGUAGAACAUUAAAGUAUACUGAUUUUUUUGAUAGCCCAGAUAGUGAAGAUGAAAAUGUUUCUGAAAAAGAGAAGGACAAGAAUGAAGAAGAUAAUUGUUCAGAAAAUAAUUCUGAUGAAGACUAUGAAUCUGAUAAAAAUGACGAGAAUAAUGAAAGAAUGAAAAAAAAAAUUAGAAAAGCAGAGAGUACUUCAGACUUGAACAAUAGCGAUAACGAUGAAUCAGAUGAUAGACGAAAUGAAAUAAAGUCUACACUUGAAAAUCGACAAGAAAGAUUGAAAAAAAGAAUUGAAGAGCUAGAAAAUGAAGCUAUUUCUGACAAGCCUUGGCAAUUAAAAGGUGAAGUAUCAGCAACUGGUCGUCCGCAAAAUUCUCUACUUGAAGAAUAUGUCGAGUUUGAUGUAACAACAAGACCAGCACCAAUUAUAACAGAAGAAACAACUUUAAGGCUUGAAGAUAUCAUAAUGCAACGAAUUAAAGAUAGGGCUUGGGAUGAUGUUGAAAAAAAAUUCAAGCCUGUUGAAACACCAAUGGAGUAUAAAAAGAAAUUAAUUAUGGAUCAAGAGAAGAGCAAAAAAAGUUUGGCUGAAAUUUAUGAAGAAGCUUAUCUUAAACAAAAAGAAGCUCUAAAUCCUGAAAACCAAGAGAAAGAGGAGGAAGAGCCAGAAGAGCAUAAAGAGAUUCGUGGAAUGAUGAAUUCAUUAUUCCAAAAAUUAGAUGCCUUAUCAAACUUCCACUAUACACCGAAAAUGGCUCAACCUGAAGUCAAAAUUAUCAGCAACGUACCUGCUUUUACAAUGGAAGAAGUUGCACCAGUUGCUACGGCUGAUGCAGCACUUUUAGCGCCAGAAGAAAUUCAAGCUAAGCAUCGUGGUGAUCUUAUUGGAAAAUCGGAGAGAACCAAAACAGAUAUGAAACGUGAGAGAAGAAAGAAAAAAUCACUUCAACGUAAACGGUUUAAAGCAAAAGAACAGAAAGAGAAUAGUACUUUAUCUGAUAAAUUAAAGAAGAAUAAGAAACAAAUGCAAGAAGCACAGAGCUCUAUGCUUAAAAAAUUAACCAAGGAUAGGAAUAUUAAGAAAGUAGAUGAGACUAAUCACAAAGCUAUAAAAUCAUCUACAGCUUUCUUUACACAACUGCAAGAUGAAGUCACGGAACUUAUUAAAUCAAAAACUCAAAAAGUGAAAAAUAAGAAAGAAAAAGUGAAUAAAUCAGCUGUCAAGUUAAAAUUAUAAAUUUUGUAUAGUCAUAAAUAUGAAUAAUAUAAUCUUUUAUAUUCUCAGAUUACUUCAUUUCUCUUGUUUCAGUCAAGUAUUCUAAGUUGUGUAUAAAAUAUAAAAAUAUGAAGGUGAAGGAUACUGCAGGAAAUAAUGUUGUGAGACGAUUUGAAAAAAAAAUACAACUAAUAUUCAUAACCCGUACAUUGGUGAAAAAUUUUUCUUUCUAAUUUUCUUAUUUUUUCCAUAAUGAUAUGCUAGUUUCAUCAUUUUCAUUGUAUCUGAAAAAUUGUUAUACAUGUACAAAUACAACAAAUCACAAGUGAUCACUUAUUUUUGCAGGCGGUAACAUUAUCUAUAUUUUGUUUUCUUAUAAGUAUCUAAAAACGGUGUCCCAUAGACAAGCAAAGUGUGUCAGUUAUAUAAUUUUGUACAUUCUUGUAUCUGAACGAUUUUCUGUAAAUUUUUUCUCAAAGUAAAAUUGCACUGUAAUAAUUACAAA